GCAACUUGGGUAGACCCGCACCGUGGCUUAUCGGUGAACCCAACUUCUGUUUCCAAACCGCUAACUCAAAAAGGGGCCUGUCUUAACUACUACCUAUUGUGGUUUUGUGUCUCGUGCUGACCUCACACUCACGACCUUCACCACGGCUAACCAUUCAACAACUUCCCGAUGUCUCGACGGCCACCCAACCCCGCUGCCGAGCGGGCAGCGCAGAAUCAACAGACCAUCAAGAACCUCCUGAAAUUAGAGCCGAACAAGGUAUGCGCCGACUGCAAGCGCAAUAAACACCCAAGAUGGGCAAGUUGGAACCUCGGCGUCUUCAUCUGCAUCCGUUGUUCGGGCAUCCACCGUGGGAUGGGCACCCAUAUCAGCCGAGUUAAAUCCGUCGACUUGGAUGCCUGGACCGACGAGCAACUACAGAGCAUCUUGAACUGGGGAAAUGCGCGAGCCAAUAAGUACUGGGAGGCGAAGCUGGCUCCUGGCCAUGUCCCGUCCGAGGCCAAGAUUGAGAACUUUAUCCGCACCAAGUACGAGCUGAAGAGAUGGGUAAUGGACGGGCCGAUGCCGGACCCGGCGACGCUCGAUGCAGACGGCGAUGACGAUGUGCCGCUGAGCGUUGUAAAGGAGAAACAGAACAUUGAGCGGAGAGAGUCUCUGCGCAAGGCAUCCGUUGGCCAGGCAGCCGCCCCGCAGGCCGAUCUUAUCGGGGCGGAUCCAGUGCCCGCCCCAGCCCCGGCACCACCGAGAGCUAGUAGUGCCGGUCCCGCGGCGAUGCAGGUUCCUCCGAAGUCCGACCCUGCUCCGCCCAAGGCGACGAGCACGAAAGACUCGCUUCUAGGGCUAGAUUUUCUAGGUACCCAACCUGCCGCGCCGCCACGGCCGGCGAGCACAACCGGGACGUCGAGCAGCCGAGGCCAGUCGCGUCCAGAUCUCAAGCAGUCCAUUCUCUCACUCUAUGCGACGGCCCCCAGGCCCCAACCGCCCGCACAGCAAGUCUCUCAUACUCCCUCAGGGUCGCUGAGCGGAAUGCCCUCCCCGACAGGCAUGACACAAACGCAGUCCUCGAUGGGUGGACUCAAUGAUGCCUUCAGUAGUCUGAGCUUUGCCAGUUCCCCAUCUUCCAAACCGGUUCAGGUUGAUGCCUUCUCUAAUCUCGGCUCUUUAGCCUCUCCCAAGACUGCGCCUCAGUCGUCUGGCUCUGCCUUCUCAGCUCUAAGCGGUGGCAGCUUUUUCAACUCCAAGCCCGCAGCCUCCACUCAUGAAGCAAAGCAGUCCACUGGAAGCUCGUCUGGUUGGGGCGCUGUUACCUCCCCGGGGUCAACGCCCAAGCCGGCCGCAACGUCGGCUUCUUCAGCCCUCGGCGAUCUGUUUGAUUUCUCCGCAUCUUCCUCGUCGCCAGCUCCUACUCCUCAGCCUGUGUUGGCUCCAACCACAACAACAACCAGCAGCUCUGUCUUUAAUAUCUCUGCGAGCCAGCCGAAGCCCGCUCCUGCAGCAUCGACCACAACAAGCCUAGAUCCGAUCGGCCUAUCAGACUCCAAUGUAUGGGGUGGUAACGCGUGGGCCGUUCCCGAACCGCCCAAGGCCGCCCCGGAACCAGUUAAGCCAACUACACCCGCAGCAACAAAUGACUGGGCGGCACUUGCCAGCAAGCCCAUUGUCCCUGGGGCAUCAGGAGGGUUUGUGCCCAAGGUAGCGGCCGACGAGGAAUUUGGCGGGUGGACAAGCAGCACGACAACGGCAGAUACCAGCGGCCCUCCAAAGCCUGCAGCCGGCUUUGGAGCGAGUGAAGAUCUAUUCUCGAAUGUCUGGCAGUGAAGAGCGAGCUUGCACCAUCAAUUUACCUGGAGGAAGCAUGCAAAGCGAUAUGGCGAAGUCCUAGCAUGGAUUUGCAGGGAAUCAUAUAGCCAGCGGUACUAGAAAGGGAGGGCGGUCGAUCGUGGUCUCGUACUGGUACACAAGACUUGACA